AUGCCGCCCUUUAAAGAUGAACACAUCCUCAUCAUCUCGCCUGGAUCACAAUCCACUCUCGCCCAGCUUGGCCUUCCAGAAUCCUUCACGCCCGCCAGAUUGAAGCUGCCCACCCGCAUGUUUGCGGCGGAGACGCCAGGAGAAUGGGAACCUCUCAAAGUCAGAGAAAAGAGGAUCCAGAAGCCUCCCAAGACCAACGGUGUGACCACGAAUGGUCAAUCAGAUGUGCCGAUGACGGAUACGAAUGGCGCGGGAGACGAUCAAGGUCAAGAGCAAGGAGAAGGGGAAGAUGAGAUACAAUACGAAGAAGAUCCUACAAGCGACGAGGGCGCCGAAUACCCUAUUGUCCAAGGCCGCAUCGUCAAUUGGCCGUGUCUGUUUGCUUUCCUAACGCAUAUCUACAAUACACUCAGUCCACCAUUUCACACCCCGGUCAUGAUUCUCUCACAGUCAUGCUGGACCGCUCAAGAUCAUGAGCUGCUCACCAAAUGGUUCUUCGAGAAGUUCAAAAUACCCGCCUUCUGUCUUAUGGAUUCCGCUCUUGCUGUCUCGUACGCCUUCGCUACGCCAAAUGCGACCGUGGUGGACGUAGGCUAUGAAAAGUGCGACGUUACUACCAUCAGCGAAUACGUUGUCAACGACCUAGGCAAGGCGUCUGCGGUUCCUGAUUGCGGAGGCGAGGCGAUGACCCAACAACUCUACAGUCUUUUGAAGUCUCAAGAUUUCACCAGCGACAUGUGCGAACAGCUCAAGAAGCACCCAAUAUGCGAGAUCCUACCUCCAGGCACAGACUUGCCCACGGAUCUAGGCCCAGAACUGCCUCCAGCAAACCCAGCCGCAGCAGUCUCUACCGGAGCUCUUGACUCUGGUGAUGGACAGAGGCCGAGCAUAGCAGCACAAGGUGGUGCACCACGAGGUCCAGGCAUCAAUACAGAAGUUGGAGAUGCAGACGAAGAUCGGGACGCAAAGGAAGGAGAUGACGACGGAGUGCUCGACGUCGCAAAUAUCGUCGCAAGCGGCAAGACGAGCGAGUUUCUCGCCCGAAAGGAAAGGGAAAAGGCAGAGAGAGCAACGGCAAAGAAAAGUGCCGCAGCACAAGAAGCAGCAGCGAAGCAGGCUCGACUACCAAACUCAAAGAAAGCUAGAACAGCGUUCCAAUACACCGAAAGAAGACCAAUAGAGGAACUCACCGAACCCUCCAAACCCGCGACAAACGGCACAUUCACUCAAGACCCUCCGCCCACCGCCGACACCGACGACCCAACAGCAGCUGCUCAACGCAAAGAAGAGCGCCGCAUAGAGCGCCGCCGCCACCGCGAAGGCGGACUAGCCUUCAUCCGAAAAGAGCGCACCGUAGGCGUCGAGCGCUUUGGCGCUGCAACCUCCACUGCAGUCCUCCCCCUCGUCGCCUCCACAAUUCAUCGCGCAAUUCUCUCAGUGCCAGAAGUGAACCGGCGCUCCGAGCUAUGGGACUCUCUCAUCAUCGUGGGCAACGGCUCGAAGAUCCGCGGGUUCAAAGAAGCGCUCUUGAUGCUGCUGACCCAGAAAUACCAGAUCAGUCCCAACAACGCGACGAUCUUCACGUCCGAGCUGCCGAGCCAAUUCUCCACGCCCUUAGCGACGGGUGCAAACACCCCACUACCACAGCAAGGACAAGGACAGGGGCAAGCUCACCACCCCCCAGGCGUAAACCCGCUCCUCCACGCCGCCACCACCGCUUCCCUCGCCGUGCCAGGCCAGCACCAUCCGCAAUCCCAACACUACGGCAACCAACCCUCCGCCACGCCCACCUCCAUAAAAGCGCUCAAGCCGCCGGAGUAUUUCCCCGAGUGGAAAGAUUACGGGAUGGAAGAGGCGGCGUUCCUGGGCGCACAGGUGGCUGCGAAGGUCGUUUUUGUCGUUGAUGGUGGGCUGAGUAAGGGGUAUAUGAGUCGGACGGAGUAUAAUGAGGUUGGGCCUGGGGGGUGCAUGAGUGUUGUUUGUAGGGUGGGCUUGAGUUGA